AGUCAGCAAAACACACGUCAGAGCGCAGGUCCAUGGCAAGCAAAUCCUGCAGAGCUCCGUGUUUGUGUGUGUGUGUGUCAGAGUGUCAGGAGGAGAGAGAGAGAGAAAGAGAGACAGCGUGGACUAGCUGCUUCUGAACCACUGCAGGAGCAUUAAAUCUGGGACUGUCACAGAUACUGAAGGGGAGAGAGAAGACAUUUAAAGAAGGACGUUUAUCUAGCAGCACAGUUAUGGAGACUCAUCUCUGCUUUCCACCAGCAGAUCAAACUAGAAGCAAAGGACAGAAAAGUCAGUCGCCGUAUUGACUUUAAUCUUCUGGUGGAAGAAGGAGCUUAUAUUCCCUGACAGUUUUCAGAAGGUGCUUUCAGAAGGUGAACACACUCAUGGUGGAUGCCAAGGGAAGGAACAUGAAAUGUCUGACGUUCUUGUUGAUGCUUCCAGAGUCAGUUAAGAGCAAGUCCAGUAAAGGCUCCAAAAAGGGGAGUCCCAGCAGCUCGUCCAAGCUGCCCCCUGUGUGCUAUGAGAUCAUCACCUUGAAAACCAAGAAGAAGAAGAAGAUGGCAGCGGAGAUCUUCCCCACUAAGAAGCCGGCAUCGGCCACCACGGUGCAGCAGUACCAGCAGCAGAACUUGAACAACAACAACACCAUUCAAUGCUGCAACUGGCAGGGUCUGUACUCCACGAUCAGGGAGAGAAAUGCUGUGAUGUUUAAUAAUGAACUGAUGGCUGACGUUCGCUUUGUCGUCGGUCAGUCCGGAGGAACUGAGAGACUCCCGGGACACAAGUAUGUCCUUGCUGUGGGAAGCUCGGUUUUCCAUGCCAUGUUCUAUGGAGAGUUGGCAGAGGACAAGGAUGAGAUCCGUAUCCCUGAUGUUGAACCUCCAGCCUUUCUGGCUAUGCUGAAGUACAUUUACUGUGAUGAAAUUGACUUGAGUGCUGACACUGUACUGGCAACAUUAUAUGCAGCCAAAAAGUACAUAGUCCCGCACCUGGCUCGGGCUUGUGUCAACUUCUUGGAAACAAGUUUGAGUGCGAAGAAUGCAUGUAUUCUUCUAUCUCAGAGCUGUCUGUUUGAAGAGCCAGACCUAACGCAACGCUGCUGGGAAGUCAUUGACGCUCAGGCUGAGCUGGCACUUAAAUCCGAGGGCUUUUGUGACAUUGACACUCAGACCUUGGAGUGCAUCCUCAGACGGGAGACUCUGAACGCUAAGGAGAUUGUAGUGUUUGAAGCAGCACUAAGCUGGGCGGAGGCCGAAUGUCAGCGGAGGGAAAUGAACACAACUAUCGACAACAAACGCAAAGUAUUGGGCCAAGCCGUCUACCUGAUCCGUAUCCCAACCAUGGGUCUUGAUGAUUUCGCGAACGGUGCUGCACAAUCAGGAGUGUUAACACUAAACGAGACCAAUGACAUUUUCUUAUGGUACACGGCAGCUAAGAAACCCGAGCUGCAGUUCGUCUGCCAACCUCGUAAGGGAUUGACACCACAGAAGUGUCAUCGCUUCCAGUCGUGCGCCUACCGCAGCAACCAGUGGCGUUAUCGCGGACGCUGUGACAGCAUUCAGUUUGCUGUUGAUAAACGAGUGUUUAUCGCUGGUUUCGGGCUCUAUGGCUCAAGCUGCGGAUCUGCUGAGUAUACCGCUAAAAUCGAGCUCAAACGGCAAGGAGUUGUCCUGGGAACCAAUCUUAGCAAGUACUUUUCAGGUGGAUCCAGCAACACCUUCCCAGUUUGGUUCGAGUAUCCGGUUCAGAUUGAGCCUGACACUUUCUAUACGGCCAGUGUGGUUCUUGACGGAAAUGAACUGAGUUAUUUUGGACAAGAGGGUAUGACAGAAGUUCAGUGUGGGAAGGUAACCUUCCAGUUUCAGUGCUCUUCAGACAGUACCAACGGCACAGGAGUGCAAGGUGGCCAAAUUCCAGAGCUCAUUUUCUAUGCCUAAGUUUCUCUUGGGAGAACAAAAAAAAACUGCCCACCUUACCAGUGUGAAAUAGCUUUACAUUACGUACAAUACCUGUUUUGGUAUUACAUGGCAGAAUUCAACUUCUCCAAUGCUCAAGCAAACAGAGGCCUAACAGGCAUUUCAAGGGCCUUGUUUUGAGCUCUUAGUAGUUUUUGGCGCCUGUCAAAGUGUGAACAGAUACACUGUAUUUCCUCCUUGUCUUAAAAGUGAA